AUAUCAUUUGUUAAGAUCUAGACUCAAAGUUAAAUAUCAUAAGCUAUAAGUACUAGUUCUUCCAUCUUGUUUAAUAAAACAGAAACACGUUCAUUCAUUUUUUCUCUCUCUCUAUCUCUAUCUCUCUUCAACUAGUUUUUGUUGAGUUGUUCUAUCAUGGCUACAAUGCCAAAAUUAUCACUUCCUAUCUAUUUGGAUCAAAGAAGAUCAACUCCUCUUGGUGGUACUAACUAUCACUUCCAUCACAGACUCAACCAGGAAAGAAAAAAGUCAUGGGGAGUUUAUGCAACAAAAUCAGAAACUGGGGAAUAUCAUUCUCAUAGACUACCAACCCCACUUUUGGAUACUAUAAACUAUCCAACUCAUAUGAAGAAUCUCUCUAAUAAGGAACUGAAACAACUUGUGGAUGAGCUGCGUUCAGAUAUUAUAUUCAAGGUUUCUGAAAGUGGAGGUCAUUUGGGAUCAAACCUUGGUGUUGUUGAACUCACUGUUGCUCUUCACUAUGUUUUCAAUGCUCCUAAAGACAAAAUCUUGUGGGAUGUUGGUCAUCAGUGUUAUCCUCAUAAAAUUCUCACUGGUAGAAGGAAUAAGAUGCAUACUGUAAGGCUGAAAGAUGGAUUAAGUGGCUAUAUAAAUAUGUCUGAGAGUGAAUAUGAUUCUUUUGGCACUGGUCACAGCUCAACAACAAUAUCAGCAGGGUUAGGAAUGGCUAUUGCAAGGGAUUUGAGGGGUGACAAUAAUAAUGUAAUCUCAAUUAUCGGUGAUGGUGCUAUGACGGCCGGCCAAGCUUUUGAAGCCAUGAACAAUGCCGGUUAUCUUCAAUCUGACAUGAUUGUUAUUCUAAAUGACAAUAAACAGGUCUCUUUGCCUACUGCCGAUCUUGAUGGUCCUAAACAACCUAUGGGUGCUUUGAGUAGAAAUCUUAGUAAGUUACAAUUAAAACAACCUAUUAAAAAAAUCAGAGAGGUUGCCAAGGAAGUAACUAAAGAAAUUGAUGGAGCUUUGCACAGUGGCAGGAUUAGCGGUUCUGGAUCAACACUAUUUGAAGAGCUUGGACUUUGCUAUAUUGGUCCUAUUGAUGGUCAUAACGUUGAUGAUCUUGUUGCUAUUCUCAAAGAGGUUAAGAGUACUAAGAAAACUGGUCCUGUACUAAUUCAUGUUGUCACUAGAAAAGGUUGUGGAUAUCCUUAUGCAGAAAGAGCAGCAGAUAAGUACCAUGGAGUUAACAAGUUUGAUCUUGCUACUGGAAAACAGUUCAAGACCAAGGCUCUUACCCCGGCAUUCACAGCAUGCUUUGCUGAUGCUUUGAUUGCAGAAGCAGAAGUUGACGAAAACAUUAUUGGAAUUCACGCUGCAAUGGGAGGCGGAACUGGAAUGAAUCAGUUCCUUCGCCGUUUCCCUACAAGGUGCUUUGAUGCAGGGAUAGCAGAACAACAUGCUGUUACAUUUGCUGCAGGUCUAGCUUGUGAAGGUUUUAAGCCUUUUUGCACUAUUUACUCAACCUUCUUGCAGAGAGCCUAUGACCAGAUAGUGCAUGAUGUGGCCGUGCAAAAGCUGCCAGUAAGAUUUGUGGUCGACAAAGCUGGAUUCAUUGGAGAAGAUGGUCCAACACACUCUGGUCAUUUUGAUAUCACCUUUAUGGCAUGUCUCCCUAACAUGGUGGUGAUGGCUCCUUCCGACGAAGCAGACAUGAUCCACAUGGUUGCUACUGCUGUUGCCAUUAACGAUCGGCCUAGUUGUAUCCGAUUUCCAAGGGUAAAUGGAAUUGGUGUUGAACUACCACCAGGGAGUAGAGGCACUCCUCUUGAGAUUGGAAAAGGUAGGAUAUUGAUUGAAGGGGAAAGAGUGGCCCUUUUGGCUUUUGGAACAGCAGUGCGGAACUGUGUAGCUGCAGCUUCCAUGUUGGAACAGCGAGGCUUACAUGUAACGGUGGUCGAUGCACGUUUCUGCAAGCCAUUGGACCAUUCGCUCAUUCGCAGCCUAGCCAAAUCACAUGAUGUUUUGAUCACAGUGGAAGAAGGAUCAGUAGGAGGAUUUGGAUCUCAUGUUGGUCAGUUCAUGGCCCUUGAUGGUCUUCUUGAUGGAAAAUUGAAGUGGAGGCCAAUGGUUAUUCCUGAUAUUUGUAUUGAGCAUGCUUCUCCUGCUGAGCAAACGGCUGUAGCUGGUCUGACAUCAUCUCAGAUAGCAGCAACUGUGUUCAACAUUCUUGGACAAACAAGAGAGGCACUAGAGAUGGUUACCGUGGCAUGAGAAAUAAGUGUUAUCCUUUGUAAAAUGACUAAUAAAAGACAUGUACACUUUACAAAGUUGGAUUUCAAUUGAAAGACUGGAAAAAUAAUGGGUUUGUAAUUUUCGUCUUCA